AUGAGGUCCCUAAUGGCCUCUGCUUCUCUCACUCUUGCAUUAGCCAUACUCUUUAUCAGUUUCCCAUCUGAAAUUUCAGCUAACCACUAUUCUUAUUCCUCACCACCACCACCCGUCUACUCACCACCGCCACCAAAGAGUCCAUACCAUUACUCAUCUCCUCCACCUCCACCAGUUCACACUUACCCUCAUCCACACCCAGUCUACCACUCUCCACCUCCACCAGUUCACACCUACCCUCAUCCACACCCAGUCUACCACUCUCCACCUCCACCAGUUCACACCUACCCACACCCACACCCAGUCUACCACUCUCCUCCACCACCAACACCACACAAGAAGCCUUACAAGUACCCAUCUCCUCCACCACCACCAGUGCACACCUACCCUCAUCCUCACCCUGUCUACCAUUCCCCACCACCACCACCACCACCACAUAAGAAGCCAUACAAGUACCCAUCUCCCCCACCACCACCAGUGCACACAUACCCUCACCCUCACCCUGUCUACCACUCCCCACCACCACCACCAACGCCACACAAGAAGCCAUACAAGUAUCCAUCACCACCACCACCACCAACUCACACCUACCCUCCUCAUGUUCCCCACCCAGUUUACCAUUCUCCUCCUCCUCCAGUUCAUUCCCCACCUCCACCAGCCUAUUACUACAAAUCACCUCCUCCACCUUACCACCACUAG